AUGGAGGAGAGAGAAGCUCUGAAGAGGCAGAUUGAUCUCCUACAAAAUCUGAUCAAUAAACACAAGAGCGUCCAUGGCGACGCCCCGUUUACAGGAGUCGAACAGAGGCAUCCAGAAGCCUCGAUAUCAGCCGGAGGCCGAGGUCACACCACAUCUGUCUCCCAUCCUCACAGCUUCAGAGGGAAAGGCUAUGUCCCUCAGAGCCGUGGAAGCUGGAAGAAGGCGUACUCUCUUAGAAACAAGAACCCUGAAUCCUCUGUUGGUGGACAUUCGUUAGCUUCUGCCUCCUCCUCCUCCUCCUCUUCCUCUGUGCAUCAGUCUAGUUCCCAAGGUUUAUCUAACAGCACGGCACUGCCCAGCCAAAGCAGAGGAGAGGACGGUGCUUUAACCAAAACUGCCACUUUACCAUCAGGUUUUACUCAACUGAAGAAAGAGGGGAAUAUAGGAAGCAUAGCAACGAUUAACAAAGUCGUACAGACUUCUAGAAAAAAAGAGACUCAGCAGGAGGAGGGACAAAAAGGUUCAAGCUCAGCAGGUAAAGGAAUUCAACAUGAAGAGCAGAAGCUGAGCGAUGUAGUACUGCCAGGAAAGAAAGUACUUACUUCAAUCAAGACCAACCCCACCACCACCACCACCAGUUUACAGAAGAUCACCCAGUUACAGAUCAAACCUUCCCUGACAAGCAAAGCCACCACUGAGACCAAGCAGACUAUUCCAACCACAGCUUCAGCCAAUCUUACAACUAUUCCUACAACACCACCGCCUCAAUCUGCUCUGUCCAAAGUGUCCAAACAACCUCCCGUUAACCCUCCCAAGUCUCAGACCAGCCACGCUAAAGUCGGCGCACCUUUUUUGCCAAAAUCCAAGUUCACCUGGGUAAAGAAUCAGAGUAAAGGAGGAGGGGAGCCCAAACUAGGUAGCUCCAUUUCCUCACCUGCAAAAGUUGUGACUGUUGCCCAAACGUCAGGCUUGAAAGGUGGAGUCAGCUCUCCUUCAGCUGCAGUCAGUAAGAAAACCCCCGCCAAGAAGUUACCUCGAAAGCUCAGUCCGGUUAUUGUUGCUCCUAAAACCUCCAAGUAUAAGUGGGUCUCCUCCUCUGCUGGAGCCCAAGCCAGGACAUUGAGAAAACCGCUAUCUCCAAAAGCUGUGACUCAUCCUCAGAGAGCUCUGGAGAAGGGAGAGGCCACAAAGAAGCUCAAACCAGGCUCCACUCCCCCUGCUAAAUUAAAAAAGGGAGUGUUGGUCUCCCCUAGCGGCUCCUCGCUCAGCACUCGUUACCGCUGGAAGGCCGGCGGUCAGAAGACCUCUACAGCAGUGACAGGAGGGGCGGCGGUGACCCGACGUAGAUCCGCCUUCCACUGGACGUCAGAGAGAAGUAACAAAGGAGUGAAAGGAGGGCUCGUUGUUUCUCCAACUUUACCCCAACGUGCCUCCGUCCCCUCGUCCUCGCCUGGUGGAUUCAAGCUCCGCAGCAGGAUGAAGAUCAUACGGAGGUCCACGAGCAGUGGAUGUGGGUCAGAGAAGGGCAGCAGCCCCCCAGCGGUGAAGCUCUCCCCUCGGGGUCGGAUAUACACCCUGACCAGGACUCCCACAGGAGUUAGGAGGACUCCCUCUAGGGAGCUCGUGUCUUUUGGUAGACACAAGUUGAGACGUCUCUCUCCCACCUCGUCAAGAACAAGUAAGAAGCACAUUAGAAAGUUUAUUUUUGUGUAUUCAGAUGUUUUUCUCUCACAAGUCUUUGCCACAAUUAAAUGCGCAGCAGAGGAUUUGUGCUUUAGACGUUCCUGCAGGCUCUCUGAUAACAGAUACACCUCCGAGGUCACUGCAGGGAAACAGGCCAAGGAGAGUCUGUGGACGGAGAAGAACUUCACCUUUUCCUCUGAGAUGAUAUUAUCAUUCAACCCCAGUGCAGAACUUUCGAAAGUUAACGAUGGCGUCGAGGCAACGCCGUACCUUGCCACCCGGUCCUUGUUUAAGCCUCCCUGGGUGGCAGUCAGCGCUCCAACAUUAGCCUCCAUUACGGCUCCCCUGGCUGCAGUUGCCCUGUGUAGGGCAGCCACCGAUCUUGUAUCAGUGAAACUGAGUGUCUGUGCCUCUGAGUUAUGGCGUUCAGUCAGCCCAUCUGAAAUACGGCAGCAAAUUACCUCCAGCGGCGCCCUGCACACCAGCCCCAAUCUGCCCCAAAUAGAAGUGACAGGACAGCGCAAUUUAUCGCCAUAA